AUGUAUUUCCCCUUAGUACUUCCUGUUCCAGACCAGCUGACUGUUGACUCAGUGGASACCACAUCAGCUGCUGUUAGCUGGAACCAGCCACCAGGAUUGGACCAAACCCAACAUCAUUACCAGAUCUCCUACCGCUGUCCAGGGACAGAACCACACAUCACCUCCACAUCUUCACACAGCAUCACUCUCUCUGACCUGAAACCUGCUACUCCGUACUCUGUCACUGUCUGCACUGUGCUGGGAAAUGGAAUGCAAAGUCAACUGCUGUCAACAACCCUCACCACAAUACAUUUUCAGUGGUGGAGGAGACCCUCCAGAGUGGCUGCAGUGUGUGUUCUACUGGCUGUGAUUCUUGGCCUGUUGAAUUCCUGUGCAGAGAGAGACCAGCUACAGAAUAGUCUAGAUACCAGGACCACUGAGAGAGACCAGUUGCAGAAUAUUCUAAAUACCAGGACCACUGAGAGAGACCAGUUGCAGAAUAUUCUAAAUACCAGGACGACAGAGAGAGACCAGUUACAGACCAGGCUUAGGUUCUAUGAGAAACCCUGUCUGGAUGGAUGGUGGAAGUUUGGCACCAGCUGUUACUAUGUCUCCUCCACGAUGGACACAGGCAGGGUUGGUCAGGAGGAGUGCAGUGCAAUGGAUGGAGAGUUGGUUGUUAUAAACAGCAGAGAAGAACAGAUAUUUAUCCAUGGAUUUAAGAAGAAUGUCUGGAUUGGUAAAUAUAAAGAAGAUGGAAUCUGGGAGUGGGUUGGCAAAACACCAUUUAAACCUACCUAUUGGAUGGAAGGGGAACCAAAUAACUUGAAUGACGAGGCGACUUGUGUUGAGAUCCCACAGACGGCAUCAGACCCAUUGAAGAGUUGGAAGGCUGCACCAUGUACUACUCCAAAACACUGGGUGUGUGAAAAACCGUUCACAUUGUAGUCUAAUUAUAAUAGCUAAUGUAACCCCAUAUCUUAUGGAGUUGAACUGGUUUUCACUGUGUUAGGUUUAACCUGUUUUUGUUUCUAUGUGUAACUACAUUGAAGGAACGUACAACAGAACAUGGUUUCUCAUGGGUUUCUCACGGUUUCUCAUGUCUUAUUCAGUUUCUGGUUUUUCUUUGUUCCUUUUGUAAAUGAGCAAUGAGGUGUCACCAUUAGAUUAUUUUUCUAGUCACGUUUUUUUAACUUGUUUUUCUUUCUUUUUAUGAAGUAUUUUUCAUUAAAUCGAUUUUAUUCAAAACUAAAGUUUUUUGUUGCUAAGGAUUCCACGACACGGUUAGCCUUUACGGCUGGGACUGCAAGUUUGUGUUCCAUUUUUUUGCGUGGAUUCCGCUAGUGCUAGCUGGCUGUACUACAGACACCUGUCGUCGUCGUGGGACAGACUCAUUGUUAUCUUUUCGUAAAACAACUGGUUGCAGUAUAGAGCCAAUCUGGAUACCAAGGAGAUCCUGAAGGAAAUCGACGAAUACCAACAGCUUUACGCUAUGGAGGAACAACAUACUCCUUCGUGGAAAGAUCCGACCACCUCACAAAAUAACUUUAACCCGACAAAAAAAAGAAAAACAGAUUAAUCUACAGACACGGACGAUU